CUGUUUUUCCCUCGCGUGCCGCACAGCAACAACUUUUUCGGUUGUUCUUUUUUAUUCCGCCAGCAGCGGAUAAAGAAAGGAAGUGACUCAUCCUCGUCCGGUCAGCAGUACGGAUCCGACUUGGACACGCUGGACGUAACGAACAUGUACCCGCAAAACCUAUUGACGAUUCCGGCGUACCAUCAUUUUGAAAGGCAAAUUUCCGAACCGAUCAUUCCAACAUCGCCGGCCGUAUCGUCUCCACCGGAAGCGCGAUCAGCACCCGAUCAGCACGAUGAACCGUCGACACCCGUACCCCCAAUUCCACAAAUCCGACAAAUCCACCUGCAAACCGAUCGCACAUCGAGUCCAACGGUUGUUCUCGUUUCCGAUAUGGAAUCGCUCCAACAGCAGCACCAGCACCAUUUAUCGGGAAGUGCGGUUGCCAGUACAAGUACCGGAGGUGCUAGUGCUCCUAUCACAACGAUCACCACGACCAGCACCACCAGCUCCACCGCCGCAGUGCUACUUGCCGACCUGAGUUCAUCAACGCCGAGUUCAAUUCACAUAAAAGGCGGCGAAUUGUCGCGGUCUGCUUCAUCUCCUUUGAUGAGCAGCCGAUCGAAGGAAAUACCCGGCCUGGACAGCCAACGGUCUAGCCACUGUCCGGUGGUACGGGAGGGUCCCGCGCACAAGAAAAACACACAAAUCUGAUAGAAGGCGACGAUGAUCGUAAUCCCUUUUGUCGGCGGAGUAACCGCUUGGAGGCCCGCAUAACAAAAAACAAUUUGAGUCAUGUUCCAAACCAUUAAGUUGAUUCAAAGCAAAAUGUAACUGUAAUACAAAAACUUGUGGCUAUGUUCAAUGAUAAGUGACUGAAAUAUUUAAACAAUAACGAAUUAUUCUUCGACAUUUUCUUGUAUUGUGAUAAACAAUGUUGUCAUGCUAUUUUUGAAAGAUAUCAAUUCAAAAGCACACAACUGUUUGAUAUGAUGAAGGGGUUAUAUGGUUUGUGGCAACAAUAAAUAAUAUUGUUAAAUUAUUUUUAUUUAUUGUUUGAAAUCUUAAACUAGGUACGUAGCACCACGUCAAAGUUGCAGCGCCUAGUUGUUCCGUUGUUCACUGUCAAAAGUUUAGCUCAGUUGAUUUUUUUUUCAUUUGUUUGUUAUUGUUUGUUGUUUGUUAUUGAAAUUUAUUUUUUCCACUAGAAAACUAUAAUGAAAUACUAUUAUCGUUCCCAUUUAUCGCGUGAAAUUUAUUUCUUUGACUUUGAAGUGAAAUUUAUUUCUUUGACUUUGAAGUGAAACAUUCUUCAAAACUAUUCCCCAUCAACGUUGUGACUCAUGGAUUGCCGUGUGAAAACAUUCAUUGAAGAAAUUUUGACCGAAAGUACCAAGCCUUGCAAAAGGGGCAAAAGGGCCAACCUAAACAGAAGUACCAACAGCAUGAUGAAGAUAACAGAAAACUGCACCACUGCCAAAGCUACAGUCGAUCAAUUCAGCCGCGAUGGGAUCAGUUUAAAAACUACCCCAAUAGCACCCAAGUCUCAGAGACUGUCGAAACUAUCGGGACUAGAGCUCCUAAACUGAUGUGUUGGUGUUGCUGAUCUCCGUUCCAACUAGUUGAGGUUAGAGGUUUGAGGAUAUGCGCGAUUCGUGCGAAAACACCGAUUGUUCCAUUUUUGUGAACACAGGCUCUUCCUGGGAACGAAAACGAUCAUAUGUUGUCAGCGAAUGAAGUAACAGCUUAACUGCUGCGACUUAUGUUCCAACCAAUUAUUACUUCUCACCGGAAACGUUCCUCCCUAUAUCCUCAAUUUCACAAAACACCGUUGUUAAUUGUACUGACAUUAUGUUAGACACCAGAAGUAAUAGAACGCUGUUGGAAGAGCUAAAAUUAAUCAACAGCAGCAUCCGGAAAGAGUUGACGGAAGUUCCUCGUACAGCAGUACUCAGUAAACAUAAUAUAUCUGGUCGCGUUCGGGGAGCAAUCUUUCUACAAGCUGGAGUGCAUGGUCGUAUGUAAGUUCUUCGAAACAAGAAUACUCUAUAGUAGCGAAAGGCAUCACAUCAAACACUUCAACAUCCAAUUCGAGCGAUUCCAAACAGCACAAUAGCGAUACCAUUAGGAUUUACGACAAUACUGACCUGGAGCGGAGAUCAAUCGGUCUUGGCUUCUCUAUAGGACAAUCCUUAAAUCAUCUCGAUGUCGACGAUUCACACCACCAAAACGAUUCCGGCUGUACAGGCCUAUAUCGAUGGACGGUUGCUAAUUCAAGAAAAUGUUGCUGCCGUGAAUGAUUCCGACGAUAUUGUUGGUGGCGAUUCAUCGGUAUCCAGUUCUCGACAACAAGUCGCACAGAAAACCCCCUAAUAAGCUUGAAUACGUCGAUUCACAUCACUAAAGUGAUCUUGGGUGAAGCGAUGUUGUGGUAUAUGUCCAUGGACGAACAAUAUCGUGACGUGAUCGAUAUGGAUACAUUAUGUAGGUCAUAUAGUACGGCACAAACUGAAUAAAAUUAGAACUAGCAAACAAAACUUAAUUGAAAAAGA